CUGGGCCCCGGCACAUCCCCCGUCCCGCCGCCCCCUGCCCCUCCCGGGGCAAGGCCUGUGCCUCCUUGGUAUCUGCUCCUCCCGGGGUCGGCCUGACCGCAGGGAGGGGAAGCAAACAGCCCCCAGCUUUCCCAGCCGUGUCCAGGAGGCAGAAUGGAUGUCCUGGAGGAGAAGGAGGAAGAGGAGCAAAGAGAAGAGCUGAAGGCUUUGGAUUCCAGUGAUAACCUCCAGGAUGUGGAGACAGAGGUGUCUGAGGAGCAAGUCUUUGUCCCAAGUGAUGUCCUUGAUUUUGACUGGAGCUCCAUUGACACAUCCCAGUUACCGUCCUUGUACCACACAAAUUCCCUGAAGGAAGAGAAGCUGCUGCUGGUGGCUGAGCAUUUCCUCCAGCAGUACAGUCACCUCUGCCCUGACCGCAAGCUGCUCUUUCUGCACCCGGUCAACGAGUGCGGCCUGCAGAAGUUUGUGAGCACAACGUUGAGGCCGACCCUGCUGCCGUACCCGGAGCUGCAGCACUGGGAUGGCUGUGCCAGCUUUGUCUCUGAUUACCUCACCAUGGAGCCUCUUGAGUCCCCCAUUGCACCACCCAGUAAACUCUAUUCCCCAACCACCAUCCUGAAAUACCAGCGAGGGAACUGCUUUGACUUCAGUGUGGUGCUGUGCUCCCUGCUGCUCGGGGCCGGGUACGAUGCCUACUGCGUGCACGGCUACGCCACCCGCCAGAUGUGCUCCCUGGAUGAGACCCUGGAGCUGUGCCCACUGCUCAUGAAGCCACAGGAGGUACCGAAAUACGGGAUGAAGUCCAGAAUUAAGCCCUUACCAGACCAGCAGAGCAUGUUUGAGCUUCAGCAGGAGGCCAAGAAGAAGGCAGAAACUGAAGCUGCUCAAAAGAACAAGGGAAGAGAAGAGGAGCAGGUCACGGAAGUAGGAAAGCUCAAGCGUGACCCUUGGAGUGGCUUACGGGUACAUGCCUGGGUUUUGGUUCUGUCUGGGAAGAGGGAGGUUCCCGAGACUUUCUUCAUCAACCCCUUCACGGGAAACAGCCACAGCACCAUGGAUGAGCACUUCCUUGGCAUUGAGAGCGUCUGGAACCACAGGAACUACUGGGUGAACAUGCAGGACUGCCGGAAUGGCUGCAAGGAUCUCAUCUUUGACUUGGGUGACACUCUCCGCUGGGAAGUUAUGCUUUCGGGGAGCAACAGGUCUCUUCAGCAGCUCUCAGAUGCUGAGAAAGAAAAGAGGUUUCCUGACAGGACCAUGGAUGACAUGCAGGAAAAGGAAGACAUGAGUUUGGACAUGCCGCAAUCGUGGGUAGCCCCAAUCCAGAUCUCUCCCAGAGAGUUUGAGACCCGCUGUUCCCAGGGGAGGAAGGUGACCCUGUACAAGCAAGCAAAACUGGAGAAGUGGGCUCCCUACCUGAAUGAAAAUGGGCUGGUGAAGCGCCUCACCAUCUACGCAGACUCAGACUAUACUGAAGCAGUGGAGGUGAGGGAGUGGUUCAAAAACCGAGAAGACCUGCUAGUUAUGAGAGAAGUGAAUAAACAAACACAGGUGACCACAGACUACUUCAGCCCAGGACACCUCCUCAGUCUUAAAGCUCACAGCUAUAAGUCACUGGAGCCAAAGAGUGAACAUGUAAUGGAGUUCUACCAUGAGGCACGAGUUGAUGGCCUCCAGAAACGUGUUGAAGAUGUUAAGGAGAUGACAGAGUACUUUGUGGGCAGGGAUGAUUUCCUGCAUGUCCGGCAGACGGUGUUUGGCAAAAGAGUGAAGAAAGUACACUUGGCUGGCACCAGUAUUGACAGCUCCCGGCCUAUAGUGCAAAUCAAGGAGUGUUUCCACAGAAACCUAGAAAAGCCUGCUGACGAAGAUGUAGCAGAACGUAUCUUUCUGAUCACAGAGGAGACCAUCAGUCUGACAUAUCACCUCAAGGAUAAAUACAUUACUGCCUCAAAGAAGGAUUUAUUCAAAGCAGCAGAGGAUGAUAGGAGAGGACGUGAAACUGUCAUGACCCCAGAAAUGUGCAUCAUAUACGAGGCUGGGUGCCCUGAGAAAGCCAAGAAGCUGCUCCCUCUGUACGAGUUGUUGCAGGAGCUAACAAAGGAAGAGAAGCAGCUGAAGCUGCAAGUCCAGCAGUCUGAAGCAGAGGUGUUAAAUAUUUUGGAGAUCCGUAAGAAUGAAGAAAAUGACAUAAAAUUGUCAGUUUCAAUGUAUAAUACUGCAAGGAGUGAAAUGAGAGCACAUCAGUAUGAAGCCACGAACACAAUAGAGGAUGAGUUCCUAGGACAAAAGGAACAGGGGCAGGAUUACUUGGCACCUUUUCUUAUUCAAAUUGGCUACAGAGAGAAGAUGACCAAGGGGCAGGCCCUGCGUGUCAGAGAUAAUUGCCUGACAGAUUUGAAGCAUCGUCUCAUUAAUAAAGUUAACAUCAUCCAGGCACGCUUUGAAAAGGCAGUGGAAGAGCUGCAGAAGAAGGAGCAGUGGUUUCAGGAGAAACGGGAUCAGCUCAGCACAGAGGAGGAGGGUGACUUCCUCACCCGUUACUCUGAAGCCAUGUUCCACAUCCACAUUCUAGCUCUGAGGCUCAACAGGGAAAAACAGGUGGCACCCCAGAAGUACCUUGCUCUUGAAGAGAAGCUGCGCAAGGACCCUCGCCUUGCUGAGCACCUUGGCCAUGCCUGAUGUCUUUAUUCCUCCACACCAGACACUGGAAAUCAGCCCUGAAGCCUGGUAGAAGCAGCCUGAAAAAAAAAACAACUUGGAAAGGUUUUCCUACUUGGCUGCAGUCUGUCUUCUGUUAUCAGCAGA